CCAGGCCCGCCGAGGGCACCGGGCGCGCGGGGCCCUGCGCGGCGCGGCCCGAGGCAGGCAGCAGCUCCGGAGGCCCGGGAGGACGGGCCCGCCGACCCAGCCGCAGCCCCCGCAGGCCCUCUCGGAGGGAGCCGGAUCGCUAGAGGCCCGGUGGCGGAGGGGCGCAGGCGGUGGAGCCUCCUGGGGAACUAUCACCUGCCUGCCUUACAGAGCCGCUGUCCCUGCCAGCCAGGAUGGGUGAGUUCAAUGAGAAGGCGACAUGUGGUACCGUCUGCCUCAAGUACUUGCUCUUCACGUUCAACUGCUGCUUCUGGCUGGCUGGACUCGCUGUCAUGGCAGUGGGCAUCUGGACCCUGGCCCUCAAGAGUGACUACAUCAGCCUGCUGGCCUCAGGCACCUACCUGGCCACAGCUUACAUCCUGGUGGUGGCUGGUGUCGUUGUCAUGGUGACCGGUGUCCUGGGCUGCUGUGCCACCUUCAAGGAGCGGCGGAACCUGCUGCGCCUGUACUUUGUCCUGCUUCUCAUCAUCUUUUUGCUGGAGAUCAUUGCUGGCAUCCUGGCCUACAUCUACUACCAGCAGCUGAAUGCAGAGCUCAAGGAGAACCUGAAGGGAACCAUGUCCAAGCAGUACCACCAGCCGGGCUACGAGGGUGUGACCAGCGCUGUGGACAAGCUGCAGCAGGAGUUCCAUUGCUGUGGUAGCAACAACUGGCAGGACUGGCAGGACAGUGAGUGGGUCCGCUCGGGCCAGGCGAAAGGCCACGUGGUCCCCGACAGCUGCUGCAAGACCGUGGUGGCGGGCUGCGGGGAGCGGGACCACGCCUCCAACAUCUACAAGGUGGAGGGAGGCUGCAUCACCAAGCUGGAGACCUUCAUCCAGGAGCACCUGAGGGUCAUCGGGGCCGUGGGCAUCGGCAUCGCCUGUGUGCAGGUUUUUGGCAUGAUCUUCACAUGCUGCCUCUACAAGAGCCUGAAGUUGGAGCACUACUGACCCUGCCCACACUUCUCAUGCCUGUGGGCCCCCACCCUGCCAUCACAGUCACCUCUGGAGACCCCCAUCCCCAGAGGGUGCUUCAAGUGCCUUUUGCUGCACACCAAAGUCCUAUGGCCAGUCCUCUCUGGCAGCCAGGACAGUACCUCUGCCAGUGGGUGGGGCUGGCUGGGGUCCUGGCCUGCCUUUGGGGGUGAGGGACUGGAGCUUUGGGAUGCUCCCUGAUGUCUGUGCAGAGGGGCUGGCCCACCCAAGGUACCCCCAGGCCCCCAGACACCAUGGGCAGUGGCCAGGGGCAGGACAGGAAGACCACUCGUAGGUAGGGAGGUGCAAGGGGUUGCCGAGUCAGUCCUGCCCAGGAGCCUCGAGCAUCUACAGCCUUUCUGAGUGGCCCUGCUCCCCUGGGAAAGGUCAGACGGCGCUGUCCUGAGGGUCCUCUGCCCCUGCCUCCCGACCCAGGCUUCUGCUGCUCCCAAGCCCCUGCUGUUUUAAUGCUGUUCCCACCACCACGUAAAAGGCCCCAUGUCUACUUCUUUGCGUCUCCCCUGCCCAGGAGUGGGGAUUUUUUCACUGCUGUCACGUAAGAGCAGUACCACCAGCUGGGCCACUGGCUGGAACUGCUCCUGCCACUAAGAGGUGCACAAUAAACGUCUAUGGAACUAA